AUGUCUGACAACAACACAAUCGAUCUCGAAUUACACCAGAACACGAUGACUGGACCCAGCGCCCUCGACCAUCUGGCAAUAAGCAACGUUUUGUCGUGCUACUGCGAAGCCUUAGAUACCAAGAACUUCGAGCUGCUGGAAGAGGUGUUCGUGAAUGAUGUCGUUGCGGACUAUCCAUUCAACUCAAACCUGGAAGGCGUCGGUAGUGUGAGCGAGGCAAUACGAAACCGCCUCGGACCUAUUCGGACGCAUCACAGCCUCACAACCCAGUCAGUUGUCUUUCGAGGGGAUGGUAAAGGCGCAACAGCUGCGACGCACUUUGUCGGCGUGCACUUUGGGCAGGGUCCGCAUGAAGGUAAGAUGCUAUCUGCAUAUGGACGCUAUCUGGACGAGCUAGUUUUGCUUCCUGCAACGGAGGGUAAUCUCGAGGGCGUGCCAGGCGCUAGCGGCAUCUGGAGGAUUAAGAAGAGAAAGGUCGUGUUUACGCAACGGAUCGGAGAUGAAAGUAUCAUGAAGGAGUUUUGAGGACCAUCAGGUAGAUUUGGCAGCAAAACUUGUGUUCGCUCUGUACAUACAUGACAUGAUCAAAUAGUCUCAAGGAGCACGCUUAUAAGUC